AUAAAUAAGAAGAAUUUCCAUCACGGUGAUUCUUCUAGGGUUUAUGUGAAAAUGGCAGUUCCUUCUAGUUCUCAAGAACAAUCUCAUAAGUCCCAUAGAUCUCGUCAAGCUGGUCCUUCAGCUGAGAAAAAGGAUCAAACUAAGAAAAGGAAACGGGAUGCAUCUCAAGAGAAGACUCACAAUCCAAAAGCAUUUGCAUUUAACUCGUCAACUAAGGCAAAGAGAUUACAAUCACGAGCUACUGAGAAAGAGCAACGCAGACUUCAUGUUCCGACUAUUGAUCGUACUAUUGGAGAACCAGCUCCAUAUGUUAUUGUAGUGCAUGGACCUCCCGAGGUUGGGAAGUCCCUGUUGAUUAAAUCUCUAGUAAAGCAUUAUACCAAGCAUAAUCUAAACGAGGUUCGAGGCCCCAUUACAAUUGUAUCAGGUAAACAAAGGCGGUUACAGUUUGUAGAGUGCCCCAAUGAUAUUAAUGGGAUGAUUGAUGCGGCAAAGUUUGCUGAUGUAGCGUUAUUACUAAUUGAUGGAAGUUAUGGGUUUGAGAUGGAAACAUUUGAGUUUCUUAAUAUAUUACAAGUUCACGGCUUUCCAAAGGUUAUGGGGGUGCUUACACAUCUGGACGAGUUCAAAGAUGUGAAAAAACUUAGAAAAACCAAGCAGCGCCUCAAGCAUCGUUUCUGGACUGAAAUCUAUGAUGGAGCAAAAUUGUUUUACUUAUCUGGUCUCAUCCAUGGGAAGUAUGCCAAACGUGAAGUUCAUAAUCUGGCAAGAUUCAUAUCGGUUAUGAAAUUUCAUCCUUUGUCAUGGCGAGCUGCACAUCCGUAUGUGCUGGUAGAUCGUUUUGAAGAUGUUACUCCUCCAGAAAGAGUGCACAUGGACAAAAAAUGCGACAGGAACGUAAUUUUGUAUGGUUAUGUUCGAGGUUGUAAUAUUAAGAAAGGAACCAAGGUGCAUAUUGCUGGUGUUGGUGAUUUCCCACUAGCUGGUGUUACAAGCUUAGCCGAUCCUUGCCCUCUACCUUCUGCUGCUAAAAAAAAGGGGUUGCGGGACAAGGAAAGACUCUUUUACGCGCCUAUGUCUGGUCUUGGGGAUCUUCUAUAUGACAAGGAUGCAGUAUACAUAGAAAUUCCUGAUCACGCUGUUCAGUUUUCUAAUGUUGAUGAUGCAAACGGGAAAGCUGUUCGAAAAGGAAAUGACCGUGACGUGGGCGAGGAGUUGGUAAAAUCACUUCAAGAUACUAAAUACUCAAUUGAUGAGAAAUUGAAAAACAGUGGUAUUUCUGUUUUUAGUGGUAAUUCAGAAGAUAGACAAGAUGACUCCGAGGAAGAAAAUGAAUCCGAUGGGUCUGAUGAUGAAGAUGACGUGGAUGACGAAGGCAACACCGACAGAAAGCUUGGAAUUGUUGAAAAUGAGGAUGAUGGUUCUGAUACAGAAGGCGAUGGCUCUUCAGAUAAAGAUGGGGAUGAUGAUAAGUUACAUGAAUCAAAACCUAAGGUAGUAGAGCAAACUGAGUUCCACAAUGGAAGGGUAAGAAGAAAAGCUAUCUCUGGAAGUGCUGUUGAUCUGAAGGAUUCUGAGGAUGAAGAUGGAGAUGAAGACGAGGAGGACAACAAAGACGGUGAUGGUUGGCAGUCAUCUCAAGAUUCAGAAUUUUCAGAUCAGAACGAAGAGGGCCAUGCAGAAGAUGAAGAUGAUGGGUUGGGAAAUGCCUCCAAGUGGAAAGAAUCCUUGAUAGAGAGAACCAUAUCAAGGAAAGGUGCUAAUCUCAUGGAAAUUGUAUAUGGGAAAGUUACGGGGAAGUCAACAACCUCCACCGCUGAAGGACAUGGUAGUAGUGAAGAUGAAGAAAGUGAGCAUGGUGAAUUCUUUUAUCCAAAAGAAGAUAAAGCGAAGAAAUCAAGGGAAGGACUGGAGAGUGAUGAGGCUUCUUCUGAGGAUUGCUCUAAAUUAUUAUAUGGUGGAAAGCUUAAAGACUGGAAACAUGGAGAAACGGUUGAAACUAUUCGUGACCGCUUUGUCACUGGAGAUUGGUCCAAGGCAGCUCGUAGAGGUGAAGCCUCUGAUGUGAAUGGUGACGAUAAUGCUUCUCUUGAUGGUGAGUUUGAAGAUUUAGAAACAGGAGAGAAGUAUGGGUCCCAUGUAGAGCCUGAUGUAUCAACGGAUGCAAUGGAUAAUGUUGACCCCGAAGCUGAGGAGCGGAGGCUUAAAAAGCUGGCACUGCGUGCAAAAUUUGAUUCGCGUGAAGGUUCUGAAUCGCCAGACGAGGGCACUGAAUCAAAAGAUGGGUCCAAGUUCCACCGGCCACAAACUAAUGGUUCUGAAUAUUAUGAAAAGUUGAAGGAGGAGGUUGAAAUUCGAAAACAGAGGAAUAUAGAUGAACUCAAAGAUCUUGAUGAGCUAACCCGAUUGGAGAUUGAGGGCUUUAGAACGGGGACUUAUUUGAGGUUGGAGGUGCAUGACGUUCCUUAUGAGAUGGUUCAGAAUUUUGAUCCUUGUCAUCCUAUUCUUGUUGGAGGUAUCAGUCUGGGAGAGGAAAAUGCUGGAUAUAUGCAGGCGAGACUGAAACGACAUAGAUGGCAUAGGAAGGUAUUGAAGACAAGAGAUCCAAUCAUUGUUUCAAUUGGUUGGAGACGUUACCAGACCACACCCAUUUAUGCCAUUGAGGACAGCAAUGGAAGGCAUCGAAUGCUUAAAUACACACCCGAACACAUGCACUGUCUUGCUAUGUUCUGGGGCCCUCUUGCACCUCCCAAUACCGGAGUUGUUGCUGUACAGAGUGUGGCAAACAACCAGGCAGCAUUUCGGAUUACAGCAACUGCCGUCGUACUUGAAUUUAACCAUGCCACAAAGAUAGUGAAGAAAAUCAAGCUAGUUGGAACUCCCUGCAAGAUCUUCAAGAAAACUGCUCUUAUCAAGGACAUGUUUACAUCCAAUCUUGAAAUAGCUAGGUUUGAGGGUGCAGCAAUUCGGACUGUGAGUGGAAUUCGGGGGCAGGUUAAAAAGGCUGCAAAAGAAGAGCUUGGUAAUAAACCGCAAAGGAAGGGAGGUCAAGCUAGAGAAGGGAUUGCUAGAUGCACAUUUGAAGACAGGAUUCUUAUGAGUGAUAUCGUUUUCUUGCGUGCGUGGACUCAAGUUGAGGUUCCUCGUUUCUUCAACCUGUUAACGACGGCCUUGCAACCUCGUGAUCGUGUCUGGCAAGGCAUGAAAACAGUAGCUGAGCUGCGGCGAGAGCAUAAUAUCCCUAUUCCUGUUAACAAGGAUUCACUCUACAAGCCAAUUGAACGGAAACCAAGAAAGUUUAAUCCGACGGUAAUCCCCAAAGCACUCCAAGCUGCACUCCCAUUCGGAUCAAAACCCAAGGAUCUUCGUCCUAAGAAGAAGAUUCCUGGAAAGCUACCUGCUGUGAUCAUGGAACCCGGGGAGCGCAACAUUCGUGGUCUUGUCACUCAACUUCAGCUGUUGAGAAAGGAAAAGAUGACUAAAAAGAAGCAGAAGGAAAACGAGAAGAGAAAAGCACUUGAGACGGUGAAGGCCAAGGAAGAACUGAUAUCAAAGAAGCGUCAAAGGGAAGAGAGAAGAGGAAGAUAUAGAGAGGAAGAUAAAGCGAAGAAGAGGAAAACUCGUCGGAAUGCAGAAUCUUAACUGAAAGAAUUCCAAUCAAGCAUGUCGAUGAAUAAUGAAGACAAUCCAUCUAAAAAAUGGCCAGAAAGAACUUUGUUGGCUGAAGGGAUAGAUAUCGUUAUCGGGUUUUCCUUCAGACUUCUUCAGAAAUAUACAAGCUAUGUCUGUAUGUCUGUAAAGCUUCCAGUGUAUUUUCACUAGCUUGAAAUUUUGGUUUAUUUUUAAUACAUGUUGAACUUACUUUAGCAAGAGUCCAGAACGAAAAAGCUUCAAGUUAUUCGUUUCGACAAUCAGGUUUUGUCAAGUGUUUAAUUAAUUCUACAGUGUUACUGUUGAUUAAUCUGAACGUGAUAAACACUAAAAUGAUGCGGUUCCAUAGUGAUCUACAUUAUA